AUGAACAUGAACAAACUGUCAGCGAAAGUUUCUCCCUGCUCCGCACCCACACCAGCCACUGGUCAGCUCUCACUGCUCGAAUGUGGCACAAGGUGUGGUUCAGUACAGAGUGGGCUUCAGGAGGCGGGGCAGUCUGGGCUGAGAUUCAGGGGUUGCUGUUCCCAGUGCCCACUGACAGCUGCCCGCCGGGGUGCCACCGGUCUGCUGCUGGCUGCGUGUGUGGCGUGGUCCUAUGCGUGGGCAGCUCACUACGCCAAAGACACUCUGACUAAACUGCAGUCUCCUUUCUUUAUUAUGUGGUUCUGCAGCGUCUGGAAUCUGUUCUCCUUCCCUCUCUACUACCUGGGCCAUGUCGUGGGCUCACAGCCGAGGCAGCAGCCCUGCACACAGUUCCGCGUAUGCAGCAGGUUUGUGGGCCGAGGUGAAUUGAGCAGCAAGGUCCUGCUGAAGGUAGCGGCUCCAUUCUCCCUGCUGCACAGUGCCUCAGAGUACCUGCACCUGCUGGCUCUCCACCACAUCUCGAUCAGCGACAGCAGCACAGUGCUCUGCUGCAGCCAGGCCUUCAUCUUCCUCCUGUCCUGGAUUGGGCUUAAGGACCGUUUCAUGGGUGUGAGGAUUGUGGCUGCCAUCCUCUCCAUCACUGGAAUUGUUAUGAUGAGUUAUGCUGAUGGUUUCCAUAGUGACUCAAUCACAGGGGUGGCGUUGGGAGUUGGCUCAGCUUCCACUUCUGCGUUCUACAAGGUGCUGUUUCGGAAGCGUGUGGGCCAGGUGCAGCCAGGUGCAGCCAGUGUGCUGAUGUCCUGUGAGGGCUUGUGUAGUGUUGGGCUGCACUCCUGGUUCUGUGCACUGCUCUACAUCUCACAUGUGGAGUCCUGGCCCACCCCUCAGCACAUUCCCUGGGACACUCUCUGCCUCACAGCAUCACUUCUGCUUGCUUUCAAUGUGCUGGUGAAUAUGAGAGAAGUGCUUACAUACCCCACCUUGAUUUCACUGGGUAUCCUCUUUACUAUCCCAGCCAGUGUAGCUGUUGAUUCAUUUAUGAGCUCAGCGCCACACACGAGCCAAGUGCGAAUGGUUGCACGCGCCAUCAUUGCAGCUGGAUAUCUCAUGCUGCUGCUACCAGAAGACUGGGACGAGAGGACAGCUGGCUGGUUCCGAGUGCUGUGGCAUGGACAUGAGGAGAGCCUGAUGGGGGAGGAGAUCGAGGCUGACCAACCUAAACCAACCGUCGUGGCAGCGCUGCCGUGAUUCACAUAGCAAGGACACAGUGCUGUAUUAGCGCAACUCUUGUCACUUUUUAAACAAUACAUUAAGAAUACAAAUGCUGACAGGUCUGACUAAAUUAGUACUUAUUGUAG